AUGGAGGCAGGAUCUUCUCUAGCAAUAAUAGGUCAUGAGGUUGAUGAAGAGCAAAGAGUGUCCCCCGCCAUUCGUACAGACCAAUGGCAGGUGACUUUCUCUCGAUUCAUCAACUAUCCAUCUCUUCCGUCGACGUGUCCGUCACUCGUUCCUCGGCCUCACAAUCGGAGGUCCCGCCCUUCCCGAGGCACCUGGAUCUCCUCCGUCUCUGCCAGCGCCUCUCUCCAGCUCCUCAACUAUCAUUCCAACUCCAAAGACGCCAUCCUCACACUCUCUUUAAACGGCACAGUCCUUGAAGAGCACUAUGCUUGGAAGCUGCAUUUCUCAUGGCCUCAGGUGUCGUGCGUUUCCGGAUAUCCUGCAAGGGGCACCAGAGCCGUCUUCGUGACCUACGAGGAUUCUCUUGGCGAGAUCCAGAAGUUCGGUUUUCGAUUUUCAAAUAUUUCUGAAGCAGAGGUGUUUAUAAAUGCUUUGAAGGUGGUUAAGAUAUUUGAAACCAUUGUUAUCUUGGAGGAUCCAAUUGAAACUGAACCUCUGGAUAGCGAGUUACUAUCCGCGAUAUCAUCACAAUCCGUGUUCAUGCCUACUAAUGGAUGCCAACCUAGAGCUUGCGUGGAGCAAUCGAGUACUAUGAGUCCUGUUGAUACUUAUUCUCCUCAACUUCAAUUGAGUUUGAACGAUGAAGCUGAACAAGCAUCAUUUACUGAGGAAAAAGCACUUACUCAGAACCAUGAUGGAAUUUCUCCAGCCAUGCCUCCCAGCUUUACCUCAUUACUGCUGGACUGCUGCUCUGAGGCACAAAACCACCAGGAACACUCCCUUGCUCAAGAAAAUAUUCUGUUCCAAAGAGACAGUCGCAAGAAGCACUGCGCAGACGGGAAAAUCAACAAAGAUCCUCCCAGUCCCAUAUCUACAGCUAAUGCUGAAAGGGGCAUGCCUUAUUUUAUGCCCUAA